AUGAGCCUGCCGCUGUACAACGUGUCUGAGAUGAUGGAAGCAGGAGUGUUUGUGGAGUACGUGCCCCUGUCCACGUCCUUCUGCAGCCAGUACAAGCGCGGCCACUGGUACUGCUACGUUCUGCUGCCGCUCUUCUCCGUGGCGCUGCCCGUGGGCAUCGUGGGCAACCUGGCCGCGCUGGUCAACUACACCUUCUACCGCAAGAGCUCCAGCACCAGCCACGUGUUCCUGCUGCACCUGGCGCUGUGCGACUCUGCCUGGAUCCUCACCCUUCCCUUCACCAUCUACUUCAGCGUGCGGCGGCCCUACCUCAGGUACAUCCAGAUCUUCUGCCAGUUCAAGAAGGUCUUCUUCACCGUCAACAUCUACGGCAGCAUCCUCUUCCUCACGCUCAUCAGCUUCGACCGCUACGCCGGCACGGUGCACCCCAUCAGCUCCCUCCAGUGGUGGGACGUGGGCAAGGCCAAGCUGUGCUCCGCCCUGGCCUGGGUGCUGCUGGCCCUGGGCUCCAUCCCGGACCUGUUCGUGACCUUCGGCGUGCGGCGGCCUGGCAACGCCACGGCGUGCAUGGACCACAUCCAGGGGCCCUUCGCCUACGUGCGCUGUAUCGCGGUGGUGCGCACGCUGGUGGGCUUCUUGCUGCCGUUGGCCGUCAUGCUGGCCCUCUACGGCAUGACGCUGCGCGUGCUGCGGAGGCUGGGCAGCGGGCGGGGGGGCGGCGGCGGCGGCAAGGGCGGGAUUGGCGGCGGGGGGAAGCGGAAGCCCAUGCGGCUGAUCGCGGUGGCGCUGCUGGUGUUCGUGGUGUCCUUCACGCCCUACCACGCCAUGGUCAUCACGCUGGUGUUCAUGAGGCUCCGCGGCGAGGUGACGGCGGCCAACGCCGACCUGCUCUACGCCGCCUUCGAGUUCUUCGAGGCCAUGUGCAGCGUGAGCUGCUGCCUGGACCCCCUGCUGUACAUCCUGGACAGCGAGCGCGUGCAGAGGAGGCUGCGGGCGCUGAGGCGCGGCCGCUACGGGAGGCUGUGUCGUCGCGGCGACCGCCGGGUGGGGGUCGUCAGUUGAUGAUUGUUUCGGUGAUGCUUUUUUUCUUUUUGUUUGUUAGGGUUAGGGUUAGGGUUGUUCAAUAGUUAGCUAGUUUCUUCAUCUUUAGUACACUUUAUUUUAGAUUUUUGUCGAGGCAUUAUUGGCUUUUUAAAAG